AAUAAGAAUCUAAUAGUCUACAGUUUCCAGAGACAAUAUCUCUCAUAAGAAUAAAAGUCUAAAACUAAGAGCUACUAUCUCCUGGAUAUUCCACUCCCUGAAACAUGUUCAUAUCUAACAAUGCCUGCUUGGUGCCUAGUUCUUUCUGGCUUACUGGAAUUCCAGGGCUGGAGUCCCUGCACAUCUGGCUUUCUAUCCUCAGCUCUAUGUACCUGGUGGCUGUGGUGGGGAAUGUGACCAUCCUGGCAGUGAUAAAGAUGGAACGCAGCCUGCACCAACCCAUGUACUUCUUCCUAUGCAUGUUGGCUGUCAUUGACUUGGUCCUGUCAACCUCUACCAUGCCCAAACUGCUAGCUAUCUUCUGGUUUGGUGCCCGCAACAUUGACCUGGAUGCCUGCUUGACUCAGAUGUUCUUCAUCCACUGCUUUGCCACUGUUGAGUCCGGCAUCUUCCUUGCCAUGGCUUUUGAUCGCUAUGUCGCUAUUUGUGACCCAUUACACCACACCUCAGUGCUCACUCAUGCAGUGGUGGGUCGUUUGGGCCUGGCUGCCCUCCUCCGUGGAGUACUCUACAUUGGACCCCUACCUUUGAUGAUUCGCCUGAGGCUGCCCCUUUACCGGACCCAAAUCAUUGCCCAUUCCUAUUGUGAGCACAUGGCUGUAGUCACCAUGGCAUGUGGUGACACAACAGUCAACAACUUUUACGGAAUAGGAAUUGGCUUCCUGGUAUUGAUCUUGGAUUCAUUAGCCAUCACUGCCUCCUAUGUGAUGAUUUUCAAGGCUGUAAUGGGAUUGGGCACCCCUGAGGCUAGGCUUAAAACCCUAGGGACAUGUAGUUCUCAUAUUUGUGCCAUUCUUGUCUUCUAUAUCCCCAUUGCUGUUUCUUCUCUCACUCACCGCUUUGGACAUGAUGUGCCUCCCCAUAUCCAUAUCCUUUUGGCCAACUUUUACCUCCUCAUCCCACCCAUCCUCAACCCAGUUGUCUAUGCUGUCCGUACCAAACAGAUUCGAGAGAGAUUUCUCCACAUUCUUAAGGCAGAGUCUCAACCCAAGUGA